AAUGAGUGACGCAAGGACACCACAGGACUAGAAAGAGAGCAGACACACAGAAUACACUGACAUUUCAGCACUGCAGUGAUCUGACUGGCCAACACAAGAGAGAAACCUCAGAAGAGAGAUACUGAAGAAGAAAGACCAGAGAUCUAGGUACAAGAUCAAGACUCUCUGCUGGUUGAAUAGGAUGGAUUAUGCCAAGAAGUCUCUCAAUCUGUUCUCACCUUCGCUCUCCAAUAUAUCUAACAGAUGUGCAGCAGCCAGUGCAUCUGUCCUGCCCAGUUUUAACCCGCGCCCCAGACCGUUCCGGGUCACCAAUUCAGACCGAUCUGUAAAAAAAGGCAUUAUGGCAGAUGGACUGAGAGACUUACUGAACAAGACGAUGGAUGCAUUCAGUGUGUCCUGCAUAGCCGGCCUGGUGCUGGAUGAGGAUGGGACAGGAGUGGACACAGAGGACUUCUUCCAGACUCUCAAGGACAGCACUGUGCUAAUGGUCUUGGAGAAAGGACAAAAGUGGAUGCCUCAACAGAGCAGUCAAUUAGGAGGUCAAGCUGCAGAGCGCAGGACACAGCAUAGGAAGGACCUGGCCAAACUGACUCUUGACUUUUACAAAAACCAUCCAAAGGAAUUCAUCGGCUGCCUGAACGUACAGAUGACUCUCUAUGGGAUGUACUCAUUGUCAUAUGACCUACAGUGUUACCAUGCCAAGAGAAUGGUGAGGGAGGCUCUAAGAUGGACUCUGUUCAGCAUGCAGGCCACUGGCCAUGUUUUACUGGGUACUUCAUACUAUAUGCAACAUCUUAUUGAUGAAGACGAGAAAGCUGAGGCACAACUUACUGCUUCCAGAAACCCAAACACACUCUUGCAGGCCAUACAGUGGAAGAAAUCAGGAUCUGACCACAUAAACUAGACAUCUGGGAGUUGGAAACCACUGUUGUGUUAUUUUACCUAUGUUACUGGACUAUAAUCACAGAAGCAUGCACACCAUACAUUCUUUCAGAGCAAAGGUUUUUGCUAUGAAAGUAACCAGAAAUCUGUUCUUGUUAUAUUUUGCUAUUUGCACAUAUUAGUUUUAGAUACAUAGAUGUGACUAUCCAACAAUGGAGUUCUUAAUAUUUAUUCCUAUUUUUAAGAAUGACUGUAUUGAUAUUGACUGCAGUUCCUGUUGUAUUUUUCUGUGAAUUAAAUAUUGAGUUUUAAAAGCUA